AUGGAGGAUGAUAGGAGGCCACCGUCCCCAGAUCCUAGCUACCGCUCCGAGUCCCCGGAUACACCACGCUCUGGGGCAGGUAGCGCGGAUCUAGCUGGAGUGUACCAGCUGAUGGCGCAGCUCCUCCAGCAGCAGCAGCAGAUACAGCUAGCUACCAUGCAACCAACCAGCUCUUAUUAUGAGAGGUUCCGACGAUUGAACCCACCAGUAUUUGAUGGCGGACCGGACCCGAUAGCGGCCGAGACAUGGAUUCGGGAUAUGGAGAAGAUGUUCCAAGCACUCCAGUUCCCCGAAGAAACGAAGGUCCGAUUAGCCAUUCCCCAGCUGAAGGGGAGCGCCGAGUUUUGGUGGACGACCAUGGAGCCCGCAUACCCCGCUAGCAGGAUAACUUGGAGGGACUUCACGAGGCUGUUCUAUGCAGAGUAUUUUCCGGACUCGGUGAGCCAGAUGAAACAAGAUGAAUUUUUGACACUGACGCAAUCCGAGCAUAUGUCUGUCCUACAGUAUGCCAGCAAAUUCAACGAACUGGGCCGGUUCUGCCCCUAG